GCACUGUAAAAAGGUAUUUAUAUUGUAAGGAAAUCAUCACCAUCAUCGCAAUCUUGAUCUUCCUUUUUCCCUCGCCGACCUUUUGCCAUCUACCGAAUUAGUUCUGUUCUGAUCUCUCGAUCGCCCGCUCUGUUGCGUCGAACAAAUUCACUUAUCUUCCACCCAAAAAUAUGGCCUUCCGAAGGAGAGCUCAUCACUCAUUUCGGGGAAGAAAUAGAGAUGAGUGGAUAGAGAGCAAGGGUGGGAGGUCACCAGUUCCUCCGAUUCCAACCCCACCGCUGGGUGAGGUCCUUGCAACAAUCGAACAUCAUGAACUUGAAGAUUGCACAACUCAAUCUUAUGACCCUGUCCAAAUUAGCAAUAUGCAGUAUUUGACUUCCUAUAACUGGGUCAGUGGAAAACACGAGAUCAUCGUUCCAGGUGAACCCCCAGCAUGGACGCCACUUUCUGAACCAACUCAGUUGCGUGAGGACUCCGGUGUCUACUUUCGUGAUUUAAACUCGGCACGACAUCCCACAUAUCCGUUAGAGCCGAUGGUUCGAGCCGUACUGAUAGACAACCGGGAUUUUUGUGUCGAGGAUUUGGAUGUUGUGGGUUGUGGAAGCACACUGGGAAAUCUGUUGAGGUUCGCGUGCGGCAAGGGACCCGCAUUUAGAAUGCUUAUCGAGGUCAUUGGGGACACAGUCUUCUUCAGCAGAAGGGAAAAUUCACCCACCGAAACCAUCCAGAAUGUCCGAGGGUUUGGACACACUUUUCCAGAGGCAUACACAACGUGGGGUGAAAACAUUCGGAAUUCAGAGUCUCAUCAACGUCUUAUCACCUUUGACUUUGCCAACAUGAAAUGCUUAGUACGGUUUGAAUCUGACGGUUACCUUCCUGACUUAAUCCCAGAGCAUUUGAAGAUCCAGAAGGACCCUAUCUCCAACAAAGAUUAUGUGGGCCCUGAAGACAUCUUGUCAUCUAUGCAAGCAGCUACGAUAUCGACCGUUCACUCAGCCAUCCCUGAACAGGAACCAAGUCCACUCAGAAUCCUCAAGAGGGGUCGCUAUAUUCCACAAUGUGCAAUCUUUGACCUGAAAACACGUUCAGUUAGGAAAGCCGACUUCGACACCCUUUCAGAACAGAUGGGCCGGUUAUGGAUCAGACAGAUUCCUAACUUUGUGCUCGCUUACCACAGGUCCGGGAAGUUCAAUGAUAUCCGAGUUCAGGACGUGCGACAGGAAAUCAAACAGUGGGAGCAAUCUCAACAGCCGGAUUUGCGGCGAUUUGCCUCUUUACUGCAGAUGAUUGUAUCCUUCGCCCGGAGCACAGAGGAUCGAAAACUUGAACUUGAGCAUGGUGAGGAUGAGAAAUUUCUCAAUCUGCGAAUUCCCGGUGGAGUUGUUCGCAGUGCAUUGCCGCCAGAUUUGGCAGAAAACUGGAAUGCACGUUUUAGCUCCAGUCUAGGUUCCUAGUUCACGUUUGGAAUACCAAUUUGCCAGAUACAACUGCAUGAUCUCGUACGAUGCUACCCCUUUCUUGCUCUCCACCACCACGGCACAUUAUGUUUCUGGAUGACAUAUUAUAAACGUUUUUUCUUUCCAGGGCCAUGUGAGUCGGUCAAGGCUCGAGUACAUAGGAAGUUCCAAGCCAUUGUCUGAUUCUGGCGUACUGGUAUGAGUGGGUAUGUUGUAAUCAUCCCCGUCCGUGUUCUCGAUGGCGUCUAAAACAUAAUUACUUGGAUACACAUGUGCUUUAAACAUGUAUUUAAGCUCCUGGGGAUAUUAAAUCUGACAGUUAUGGUAGAAUAAGAUUUAAGCUUACGGAAUUCUCUACUCGAGAUUGCAGGUUUCCUAGUUUUGUAGAGGCGUUUACACAAGUGAAAACUGAGGAUCACUCAGUUUCUGUUUUGUGGUAAUGACAAAUACACGUUGCGGCAGGGAAGUGGGUCGGUGUUAUUACUACUAUACUGACUUGGUAAGUAGAAGCCGGUCUCAUAUCACCAAAAUAUAAGCCCGAAGAAAUGAAGAUCAUAAUGGCGAGUUGUUUAAGGUGUGUUACCAUUUGAGUACCCUUGAGAGAAUCGUGGGGCACGGAAGGUGUCUCAGACACAAUACGAGCUGUAGGCUUUACCAAUCAAAUGAGG